AUGAAGCUCUUUCUGAUUCUCAUUAUUCUGCUAUUUGAGAUACCCACAGAUGGGGCACGGCCCAAAAAAUGCUUUAGUAAUAUAACAGGCUACUGCAGAAAGAAAUGCAAUUUGGGAGAAAUAUCUGAAGUAGGAUGUCUACGGGGGAAAUUAUGUUGUGUUAAUGAAGAAGAAAACAAAAAAUACCAGCAAGUGCAUCAGCCGCCUCAGCCUUCUAAUGAGAAGCCUGAUGACAUCAUAGACUAUAAUAUGUUACCCACCGUCACAAUUGUCACAGUCCAACUCUAA